AUGCAUUUAAUAUUUUUCAAAGGGUCGUGUCAAACAGUUUUCGAAGCUGAAUCAAUAAAUAAUGGUUUAGUAACGUUGGCAUAUUUAUUUAACGUGACAGAAAACCAACAUUUCGGUAUUGAUCACAUAACUACUAAUUUGAGUAAUGUACGAACAUUUGGACAAACAGCUAGAAUACCGGUUUUUCCUUUAAGCUAUUUAAUUUAUAAUCAACCAUGUGAGUAUUUUACGUACUUGGGCAAAAUCGAUAAACGUGGAUGCAAAUGUGGCAUAACUCAAUGGAUAGUGUUUACUAAAACUUUCGAUGUUAAUCGUGAACAGGUGGAACAGUUCCGCUGCAUGAGGAACAAGCGCGGACACGCGAUCAAUCGAAAUUACCGGAAGGCCAACCCAGUGCCACCCGGCAACAAUAUUCGUCCGUUUUUGGUGGUGUUGGACGUCAUUGAUAGCAACUCGACAGACGGCGACGUCGUAACAGAGGAGGUGGUGAUGGCAGCAACAGAUGCUCCAACACCUUCCAUUGGACUACGUCAGACUUCGAGAUGCCGAUCGUUGGCCAUCAUCGCAUCGGAAAAAGGUGGCAAUUCGAGCUGGACUCUGUGCGUCAAACCCACCAAAACGCAACUGUUGCGGCGAAUGUAUAACCUGAACAAACUGUCAGUCCACAAGCACUGGCCACCAACUGCGAAGACAAUUGUCAUAAGCAGCCAUAGUCAAUCCGAACCCGAGCAAAAGGCCGAUGCUGAAUCUGAAAAGCAUUUGCGGUCGAAGUUAUCGUUCAAUUACGUGACCAGACCGUCGUGGAAGUAA